AUGGCCGAAAGCGCGUCCAAACGCCUCAAGACCGACGGCGGCAUCACCAUCGGCACGCACAACGGCCACUUCCACGCCGACGAGGCCCUGGCCGUCUACAUGCUGCGCCAGCUGCCCACCUACGCCGACGCCGCCCUGGUGCGCACCCGCGACCCGGCCCUGCUGGCCACCUGCCACACCGUCGUCGACGUCGGCGGCGAGUACGACGCCGCCGCCAACCGCUACGACCACCACCAGCGCACCUUUGCCACCACCUUCCCCGGCCGCCCCACCAAGCUGAGCAGCGCCGGCCUGGUCUACCUGCACUUCGGCCGCAGCCUGGUCGCCCAGAAGCUGCAGAAGCCCGAGGACAGCGACGAGGUCGGGCUCCUGUGGAACAAGAUCUACGAGUCCUUCGUCGAGGCCCUCGACGCCCACGACAACGGCAUCUCGGCCUACGACGCCAAGGGCCUCGAGGCCGCCGGCCUGGAGAAGCGCUUCAGCGAGGGCGGCUUCACCCUGGGCGCCAUGGUCGGCCGCCUGAACCCCAACUGGAACGACCCCGUCCCCAGCGACCCCCAGGAGGCCCAGGCCGCCGAGGACGAGCGCUUCGUCGCCGCCAGCGCCCGCAUCGGCGAGGAGUUCACCCGCGACCUCGAGUACUACGCCCAGGCCUGGCUGCCGGCGCGCGAGAUCGUGCGCCAGGCGUACCAGAAGCGGCUCGAGUACGACCCGGAGGGCCGCAUCAUGGUGCUCGAGGGCCAGAGCGUGCCGUGGAAGGACCACCUGUACACGCUGGAGGAGCAGGAGGGCACCGACAAGAAGGUGCUGUACGUGCUCUACGCCGAGAAGCCCGUGCCCGACGCCAAGUGGAGGAUACAGGCCGUCCCCGUCACCAAGGACUCGUUCCAGAGCCGGAAGCCGCUGCCGGAGCCGUGGAGGGGCGCCCGUGACGAGCAGCUCGACGGCAUCACCGGCAUCCCCGGCGGUGUCUUCAUCCACGCCUCGGGCUUCAUUGGGGGCAACAAGACCUUCGAGGGUGCCAAGGCCAUGGCCGUCAAGGCCUUGACUCUGUAG